UUUUAAUCUAUCUAUUUAGUGACUUCAUCACACCGUGUUUCCUCACCGAUGAGAUAAUUCUCACUCUGGACUAUCAGAUGUGGGAUAAAACACAUGAUCGUUCUAGGGUGGUCCGCAAGUUGCUCGACGGUACACUGUAAACAACAGAUCAUUUGUUUCGCUGCCACUGAGAAGCCGUCAACUAUACAAAUGAGUCGUGGUGCAACAUUCAAAUGCCUACCCGGCGAUGUGUGGGAUCGUCAAAUCGCUACUUAGAGGGCUCACUCUAGUUAGCACAUGACAUCGCGCGUGCUAUCGUUCCAUUCCAGCCGUGUUGUCUCACUCCGGUCCGGAAAGCAACUUGCAAAGUGGUUUUUGGGAAGGUCGACUUGAACAUCGAACCUCGAUCGCAACGAAGUCGUAGGUACAUUCCUCCGUACAAUUGGCGUAAACGGGGAAACACGUCGAAAAGUGUCAGUUUAAGUUGUACUUGGGAAGUUACGGUUCAGUUGUUUUGAACUCCGGUGGAUUCGGUGUUAUAGUGGUAUAUACAGAUGUGAAGCAAAUUCGUAAUGUGAUAAAGCAUGAUUUAUUGCUGUGCUCCAAAAAUCUGGUUUGGAAUUGCUUGUUGAAUUCGGGUCGCAAUUACGUGCAACUUGUGUUGAAUUUGUAAAAGACUCCCGCUGCUUGCCUGCUUGCAUAGGUAUCUUGAAGAACCAAACUAGUCGAAUAUGCUUUUGCCAUAAAAGGACCGAUUUGCGCCGUGCGUGGAAUGGAAGCUGUGGAAGGCCGAAUUAGAAUUCAGAAGUGAUUUUCAGUCGCAAAUUCCGUCGCCGUAAUUGAAUCUUGAAACUGGAUGUGCAAAAGGCGCCCGCUGGAAUUGCGAGAGAAGAUUGCAGUGAUUUUAUAACUAAUAGCGCUACACAAGAUUGAAACUGCUGAUUGCAAACCGUUUAUCGCUAUUCUAUCUUGGUGGUGAAGGUGUGUGUUUGCCUGCUAUUUAACCACCUCCGAUGCUUGGGACGCUAGGAACCUGUUCGACGGCGGUGAAAAUGACACUGUUCUGCAAUUAUACGGAUGGGAAUUGCUUCGGAAACAUCAAGUUCAGGAAAAAAUGGCUUCCGACUCAAUUCCGUAAGCUUUCGCACAACAAGUCGGACAAAUUACCUCCUGUGGAGAAAACACUCAUCAGUAAAAAAGGAUCAGAUAAGAAGGCAAAGGAUAAACCGCUGGAGGAAGUGGAACCAUCCACGACCGCCUCGCAGAUCGAGUUGGAAGCCGAAGAGGAGCCCACGAUCGAGUUGCCACCGCCCAUGAAACCGAUCCAGGACACAACCACGGCGUUGUCUGGUACCCCGUCGUCCACCCUGUCCUCGGCCGAGGAUCAGACCUGUACUAGUGCUAAGAUUACGAAAGCUUUAUCACUCAAAUCGCUGGAGGAACCUCCGGCGGCGGUGAACCAAACGGCCGAUGUGGCCGAAAUCGAGCGGAUAGUUAAGGAAAAAAUGCAAAGCUUCAAAUACCUGGAAAAUGACGCAGCCAUCACAAGCAACAGUAUUGCCGAGGGGGGUAGUAGUAGUAGUAUGGGAGGGAUCGGGUUGGACGAUCCCACCAUUGGGGUGCCAUCAGUGAGUAACGGAGGGGGAGGUAGCAGUUGUGCAGCUAGUGCAGUCAGUGGAAGUGGGGCGACCUUCAACAAAGCGCCCACAUCGCCGCAGUAUUUUGAGAGUGAGAACCUGGACGAGAACCUUGGCGAUGAGCAGGGUAUCGACGAUAUUCUACGGAAGCGGAUGUUUGCUUUAAAGGAACUCGUCACCACCGAGGAUGCAUACGUGAACGAUUUGGCACAGAUAGUCAAUGG